AACUCGUAGAACUGCUGUUGCAAUCGCCCCAUGGAUCCCCGGCUAGCAACCAUAGCGUCUCUGUCUUGGCAAUUGUCGGCAUCGGCGGGGUCGGAAAGACUACUCUUUCUCAGCUUGCAUGCAUCCACGAGAGCAUGGAGAAAUAUUUCAGACAUAUGAUUUGGGUGUGUGUAUCCGAUGACUUCAGUGUGGAAAGGAUUACCAAAGAGAUCGUCGAGUCUGCAACCCAGAGAAAGUGUGAUUCCAUGAAUUUUGACACCCUUCAAAAGAAUCUAAAGCGGUUGACAUCAGAUCGAUUUCUACUCGUCCUCGAUGACGUGCGCAAUGCGGAGAAACACAAAUGGGAGAGCUUGUGUGCGCCAUUGAGAUGGGGAGUAGCGGGAAGCAAGAUUUUGGUGACGACUCGCUCGACAAAGAUCGCAGACAUAGUCGGCCACGAGCAACCGAUCCAUCUAAAAUGCCUGGACGAGGAGAGCUGCUGGGAAUUCUUCAAGAAGUGUGCAUUCGGAUCACAAAACCUCGGAGACCAUCCACAGCUGGAAGCCAUUGCCAAGAAGAUCGUUCGCAAGCUGGGCGGGUUGCCACUUGCAGCAAGAACGCUGGGGGCGCUGUUGAGUGUGAGGAUGGAAGAGCAGCAUUGGAGAAGCAUCAUGGAGUGUGAAAUCUGGGAACUACCACAAGACGAAGAUGAUGUCCUGCCAGUCCUCCAGAUAAGCUAUCAGUAUCUUCCUGCACACCUCAAGCGCUGCUUCGCUUUCUGCUCCCUGUUCCCCAAAGAUUACCGAUUUAAUGAAGAUCGCCUGAUUCAGAUUUGGAUGGCAGAGGGCUUCAUCGAACCCCCAGGAAACAUGAGGAUGGAGGAUUUAGGACGCAAUUACUUCCAAGAGCUAGUCAGCAGAUCUUUCUUUCAGAAGUCACAAAACCCUCAUUGGAGUUACUAUGAGAUGCACGAUCUCAUACAUGAUCUUGCGCGAUUGAUCUCCGCGGGUGAGUCUUCCAGGCUACGCAAUGACAACUCACGCGAGUUCUGUAGCACGCUUCGUCAUCUCUCGGUCUUUGCCAAGGAUGUGGAAUCAGAAAGGCUAAUGGAGUUCCCUUACCCUUACAAAUUGAGGACCCUAAUGUUGUCGUCGGAACGAAGAGUCAAGAGCUAUUUGCUGCCUCUUCACUUGCUGGAAAGACUAAAGAACAUUCGCGUGCUGACUCUGCAGAACUGCAGCAUGAAGAAGUUGCCUGAGACGAUUGAUGACCUGAUACACCUACGGUACCUCGACAUUUCGGAGAAUACUUCGAUUCAGAGGCUGCCCGAGUCAUUGUGUGACCUCCACAAUCUGCAAACACUGAUACUACAGGGCUGUCAGCUACAGAGCUUCCCACAGGGCAUGAGCAAGCUGAUCAAGCUGAGGAAAAUUCAUGCAGAAGACGAGAUCAUUUCCAAGAUAAACGAGGUUGGAAAGCUAACUUCUCUUCAAGAACUAACGGCAUUCAGUGUGCUGAAGGAUCAGGGGCACCAAAUCGCACAACUCAGCGGUUUGACGCAGCUCCACGGAACCCUUCGGAUUAGAAAUCUGGAGAACGUUGGGAGCAAAGAGGAAGCAAGAAAGGCUGGACUGAACAAUAAAGCUUACCUCGUUGAAUUAGAGCUGGAAUGGGUGUCUGACCAACACUCCAACUUGCAGAACAACCAGUUGCUUGUCUCUGAGGAGGUACUUGAAGGUCUGCAACCACAUCAAGCUCUCAAAACACUGGUAAUCAGAGGGUACAAUGGUGCCAGAUCUCCCAGUUGGCUGGAGGCAAAACUGCUACCCAACUUGGAAACACUUACACUACAAAACUGUAAAAGAUGGAAUGAUUUUUCAUGCAUCGGACCGAUCCCGCGUCUCAAGGUCCUUCUCAUGGAGGGCAUGUCGGCAGAGAAAGUGACAGGCCAUGGCUUCUUCGGUGCAACAGAACAGGGCAAGUGUUUCCCUAUGUUGGAAGAGCUUGUGUUCCGAGACAUGGCGGCAUUGGAAGAGUUGUCUUGGAACGAUGGCGGAGCAUUGUUUCCCUGCCUGAGUAAACUCGAAAUACAAGAAUGCCCCAAGCUUCAGAGGUUGUCUCCUCUUCCUCCUUCGCUUACAGAACUUCAGUUAGGACAAGUUGGGUUGACAGAAUUUACCGGACUAUGGGAAGGAAUCGAUGGAAGCAGCAUGAUUCCGGAGAGCAACCUACGAAAUAUCAAAACUAUUGACAUAUGGGGAUGUGAAGAACUAGUGUCGCUGCCGGUGAAGAGGUUUAGAGAACUCACCUCCCUCGAGAACCUGUCAAUACAAAGCUGCCCUGUGCUCAUGAGCAUGACACGAGAUGAGGACAUUGAACUACUGCUGCCGCCCUCAGUGAAGCAACUAGAUUUGAUCGACUGUGGGGAUCUCGGCAAAUCCCUGCCUGCCUGCCUGCACAACAUCACCUCGCUGACCGGAUUGGAGAUAGGUAGAUGUCCAUACUUGAUGUCUCUUCCAAGGGAGCAGAUGCUCCACCUGAAACAACUCGAAUGUCUGAGCAUCAAGCAUUGUGACGAGUUGACAUCUGUGGAGGGGCUACGAGUUCUCAACUCCCUCAGAUUUUUGACCAUCUUCAGAUGCCCCAAGCUUCUGGCGAACGAAGGGGACCGGCAAGGGGAGGUCUUGCCACUGGAGCAAUUAGAAGUCGACGACACUGCGCUGCUCAAACUGUGGCCCAUAAGAGAUGCGCUGCAGUCGGUCCGUCAUCUCGCAAUCAAAUCCUCACCACAAACGGCGAUGUUCGACGGGGAGGAGCAGGAGUUGCUCCGAAGCCUCACGGGUGUCAGAAACCUGCAAUUCUCCGGUUGCGGGAAUCUCCAAACCCUGCCGACAGAGUUGCAUGCCAUUCGAUUCCUUCGGACGUUAUGGAUCGAAGAAUGUCCGGAGAUCCGAUCGCUGCCGGAGAAGGGGCUGCCCACGUCCCUCAUGUAUCUACAAUUCGACGGUUGCCAUCCCAUGUUGACGGAGCAGCUGGAAAAGCAGGUGGCGGAGAUGAAGAGCUCAGGUCGAUGGUGGUAAAGGGAUCCAAAAGACCUUCGAAGUUCGCAAGGAGCAACUUACGUAAUUCUUGUGCCUUUAGCACAUCGAUUCUAUAUUUCUUUUGAAAAAUUAUAUUAAAAUUAUCUAGCCUAUA